UGUGUCUACACAUAUCCGACGCACCAAGCCAUUUGUCGCCCUUGUCUAUCCAACGUUCCAAGAACUCGAUCGAUGCCUAGACUCCCCUGUAAACCAUCCUUCGUCUCUUACGUCCGCCCAAGUCUCUUAUCGCCUACCUAGCCUGUCGAUGCGAACUAUGGUUUCAGGGUCCCACGACAGAGCGCGAAGGCUAGCUUUCAGCUAAGCCAUUCUGACUUCGUUGAAGAUGCGUCGAGGAUGUACCUGGCUCAGAAACAUGUGCUGUUCGCCGCUCUCGCAGCUUUCAUUGCCUGGGGUCUUGCCGUCCGGAAUCUACCUGUUCUCCGCUACCUUGGCUAUGCCUUCACACUCGGCUGCGUUACGACAUUGCUCUCGGUGAUUGCGAGCAUCACAUUUACCUCUCGGGCGCGGGCAAGAUUCAAUGACUUGCAUAGCCUUUCUUCCAGGCCGCUUGCCCUAUUAAGAUCGGAUCGAUGGCGCUCUGAGAUUGCCGCUUUCAAUGCUCUCCGUAAAUACCAGCCUGGACAUAUCUACGACAAGUCCUUUGUCGUCUCCCAAGCGCUUGAUGGUUUGAUCGGAUUGGCACUAAGAGAUUUUGUGUCGUCAUGGUACGGCAGUAUCACCAAAAGUCCCGUAUUUUUGAACGAGGUGGACAAGAAUAUCAGAGCGGCCUUGGUAGAAAUUCGAGACCGUGUAGUCAAUGAGGAUAUGGUCAACGUCAUAGUCUCCAGGGUUGUACCCAUCAUGACCACACACUUGCGAGAUUUUGACCAGGCAGAGCGUGUGGUACGAGGACGUAGCCUUAAUCGAAGUGUGACGGAGUCGGAGGAGCUGGAAUUGGCUAUUGCUGCCAAAUACAGAGACGGAAAGCUUCAUCCCGCAGCCUCUCUUGCAUAUUCUGACACCAAGUCCAUCCAGCAAGACCAUUUACGGAAGAUGCUGGUUCGAAUUCUGCCAGAUCUUCUUCCAUCGACGAUGAUGGGCAGCCGGGCCACACUAGUCUUGGUGAAAGAGAUCGUUGCUUGCGCUGUUCUAUUUCCUCUUCUCCAGCUUCUGUCAGAGCCUGACACCUGGAAUCAAAUUGUUGAAGCGUACGGUCGCACCACACUGCAGGACCGAAAAACCGUCCGUCGAAUGAGGGCUGCUCUUGAUCAGCACACUUCGCCAAUGUCUACAACAAAAAGCAGUCUGGAACUGCCCCGACUGGGCCCGAAUGACAGCGAACGAGCUUUUGAGCGCUUCGUCAGAGCGAUCCGUAAGACCAAAAAUCUAUCUGAUGCGCGAAGGUUUCGUAAUGUGAUUGCAAGCCAGAUCCAGCGCGAAGGGAUGGUGGAAGGUCAGGACCCCGUCUAUCUACGCAGGCUAGAAAUGGCGAAAAGGGUUCUCGAACAAAAGAUCUCAAAAUUGAGUCAGACAGCAAUGAUUCCCAAAGCUACGAGUUCACAGCCUGCGCCCCAGUCAAACACUGGCGCCAAACCUCACGAGUGGACUAUGGUAGAGAUCAUGCACACUGCAUCUGGUCUGUCCUAUUUCAUGGAAUAUAUGGAUCGUCAGCAUAAAAUGGCCUCGGUGCAGUUCUGGGUCGUAGUGGACGGCUUUCGCAAUCCACUGGAGGACGACUUUGGAGAUGAAAUGAACCCAGCACCUCAGCAGACUUGGACAGACGCUGAUCGAAUGGAUAUCGCGCAGAUCAGUGAAACCUAUAUGUCUAAGCCGGAAUUGAAUAUUCCCCGAGAGUCCAAGGAUGCAAUCAGAUCUUUCUUGAUUGCUGGUCGAAAGGCAACGCCACAACAAUAUCGAGCUGCGAGGACCGCCAUACUCUCGGCGCAAUCUGCUGUCUUAGAAGACCUUGAAAUCAAUCACUUGCCCAACUUUCGAAAAUCCGAUUUAUACUACAAAUUCCUUGCUUCAGCUGAAGCAUCCGCAAUGCAACCCCGCCUCCAAACACCCCCAGAUGCUGCUGAGCAGAAUGGCAUCACUUCACCGAACAUGACUACGGCCAGAGGGGGCCUGUCGAUGACUAGAACUAACUCUCAGCCCGGUUUCCGACCGAAGGACUUGCGUAGAGCAGCAGUCUCUUCCUCGGAUGUUCGUAGUCUUGCUUCUUCCAAGCUCUUCGAUGACGCAGAGGUUGUAAAGCGCUCAGGGUCUUCAGGCCCUCUGUUCGAUGAUGGUUAUGACACGGAUCCUCUGGCACAUUCGACCCAGAGCCUAGGUCAAGAAUCUUUAAAUGGUGAUUCGGUCGACCAACGACGAGUCAUAGAGAACAUGGAGGCGGCCAUGAACAACAUCAUGACUGACAGCCCGAUGGAGGAACAAAACGCUUAUGACGACGAUGCUCUAUUCGGAUCUCCGGUGUCCGGAUCAAAGUCGAUCAGAACAAUAGAUUCCCCAAGAGGCUCUCUCGAUAUUCAGACGAGCGACUACACAAACAAGUCUAAACCUAGUCUAGCAACCCUAGGACUAGUCAACACAGCUUCACGAAUUGGUGUUUUCUCGGACAACGAUCUGUUCCCCGAUGAAGAGAAGUUCAUUGAGGAUGAGUACGCGGACAACGAUGACAGUAAAAAUGAGGAUGUCACAGAAGAUGAGAUCCAUGAAGCAGCCCCGGGGGAUCUUGGACUGGCUGAAGCCAUUACUGUGUUGAACAAUGACAUCGAACGCCUUGUGUCCCAGGAAGGGGUGGUGGAUGCAUUGACCCGCAAGGCCGAAUUGACCAACAAUGUGGCCGAGUUACGCAUUCUAGGUAAAUCGAAAGCAAGCUUGCAACGAGAAAUUCGACGGAAAGAAUUGCAGCGCCAGCAGUACAUCGUCCAGGAGAGUGACAACAGUUUGUAUGGUCGAUCGAAGAUAUCAAUCAAGUCCGUCGUUGUCGGAAAGGAAGACGAUGGUCGCGAAUUUGCACUGUACGUCAUUGAAGUUCAUCGGCAGGCUGGAGAUCAAAUGCCCGCAGCAGUUUGGGCAAUACCUCGUCGCUAUUCCGAAUUUCACGACCUUCACCAAAAGUUACGUCGCAGAUAUCCUUCGACAAGAAAUCUUGAAUUUCCCAGGAGAAGAAUGGUCAUGAAACUUCAAAAACAAUUCCUACAGAACCGGCGCCUGGCGUUGGAACACUACCUGCAGCAGCUGCUUCAGAUGCCUGAUGUAUGCCGAAGCCGGGAGCUGAGGUCCUUCCUUUCUCAACAGAGUAUCUCGUCCCAUGAGGAGACAAAUAGUGCAUCCAAUGCGCAGGAUAUAGUCAGCCGCAUCUAUAAUUCGGUAACCGACGGUAUGGACGAAUUCCUGGGUAAUGUCUCGGUGCUCGAUCAGCUAUCUGUGGCUGGUCAGAACCUUAUAUCUGCUGCUACCAAUCAAUUAGGAAUGGGUCAAGGGGAAAUUGUUCCUCUCGACCCAGGGCCAGUGGCGGAAGCCGAAGCAGAGUUGCAAGCUUUCGAGGACAAAGAGCUCGAACCUUUUGUGAAGCCAAUCUGUGACAUCUUUCUGGAAACCUUUGAGCUCAACCGAGGGAACAAUUGGCUUCGGGGUCGAGCAGUGAUUGUGGUCCUUCAUCAGUUACUGGGUGGGACUAUCGAACGCAAAAUCCGGGAGAUUGUGAAGGGCUUUACUACGGAAGAUUCACUGCUUCGGUAUAUUGACAUGAUUAAAGAAACGAUGUGGCCUGGCGGUGGGCCCAUGAGGACAUCCAAACCUCGUACGCCUAUCGAGAAGACUAAAACUCGAACUGAGGCAACUAUGAUGCUCGCAACUCUUGUGCCAGACCUGGCUGGCAGUGUAGUGGGAAGGGCAAAUGCACAAGCUGCAGCUAGAAGAAUUGCUGCAACUAUGAAUAACGCUCGACUCAACCAGCAUUUGAUUUUUACCAUACUGGAUGAGAUUGUCGGAGUGCUGUUUGAUCCAUCCAAGAAAGCCUGAGAAGUCAUAGGUUGUCGGCUAGGCUAGGCUUGACAAUUCACCUCUUGAUGAUCAUGACUUGUGGCGGAAGUUUGUGCUGGGAUGUAUCAAAGACAGUCGCUAUUUGAUGUUGAUGGAGAGAAUAAACUUCUUCCAUACGACGACCUUAUUGCAAUGGAUCUGCUGUUCCCGUUCUGUAUACAUAAACAAGCAAGCGUUUCGAUCUAUUCUUUUCAAUCGGAUCCGUGUUUCAUUUCAGAUUUAUGGGCUGGCAAUGCUGCUCACUUCG